AGCUGUAUUGCGUCUGGUGCUGAAGAUCAAAAGGAACACUGAUUUCACAAUGGGCUCCAUUGGUGCAGCAAGCACAGAAUUUUGUUUUGAUAUGUUCAAAGAGCUGAAAGUCCACCAUGUCAAUGAGAACAUCAUCUACUCCCCCCUGAGCAUCAUUUCAAUCCUGUCCAUGGUCUUCCUAGGUGCGAGAGAGAACACAAAGACUCAAAUGGAGAAGGUUAUUCACUUUGAUAAAAUCACAGGAUUUGGAGAGUCCCUGGAAUCUCAGUGCGGCACAUCUGUAAGCGUUCACGCUUCACUUAAAGACAUUCUCUCUGAAAUCACCAAACCAAGUGACAAUUAUUCGCUCAGCCUUGCCAGUAAACUUUAUGCUGAAGAGACGUAUCCAGUCCUGCCCGAAUACUUACAAUGUAUUAAGGAAUUGUAUAAAGGAAGCUUGGAAACUGUCAGCUUUCAAACAGCUGCAGAUCAAGCUAGAGAACUCAUCAAUUCCUGGGUUGAAACUCAGACAAAUGGAGUGAUCAAAAAUUUCCUUCAACCGGGCUCUGUCGAUCCCCAGACUGAAAUGGUUCUUGUUGAUGCCAUAUACUUCAAAGGAACGUGGGAGAAAGCAUUUAAGGAUGAAGACACUCAAGAAGUGCCUUUCAGAAUAACUGAACAAGAAAGCAAACCUGUGCAGAUGAUGUAUCAGGCUGGUUCAUUUAAAGUGGCAACAGUGGCUGCUGAGAAAAUGAAGAUCCUAGAGCUUCCAUACGCCAGUGGAGAGCUGAGCAUGUUUGUGCUGUUGCCUGAUGACAUCUCUGGCCUGGAGCAGCUUGAGACUACAAUCAGCAUUGAAAAACUAUCUGAGUGGACCAGUUCUAACAUGAUGGAAGACAGGAAAAUGAAAGUGUACCUCCCCCACAUGAAGAUUGAGGAAAAAUAUAACCUGACAUCUGUCUUAGUGGCUUUGGGCAUGACUGACCUGUUCAGCCCUUCAGCCAAUCUAUCUGGCAUCUCUACAGCACAGACCCUGAAGAUGUCUGAGGCCAUCCAUGGGGCAUAUGUGGAAAUCUAUGAAGCAGGCAGUGAGAUGGCCACUUCUACAGGGGUUCUGGUGGAGGCUGCAAGUGUUUCAGAAGAGUUCAGGGUUGACCACCCAUUUCUCUUCUUGAUCAAACACAACCCAAGCAACAGCAUCCUCUUCUUUGGCAGGUGCAUUUUCCCUUAAAGAGAAGAAAGCUGAAAGAGUUUCUGUCCUUCAGAGCAAGACCCAAAGCAUUGUAGUGUCAAGCGUAAAAAGAAAGGUGUACUAUCCAUUUCAUCCACAUUUUCUAAAAACUGAAAGCUUUAUUAAAAAUAUUUAUUUUAUUAAAUCAGAGAAUAAUUAUCCCAUGAAAUCAAGGACCUCUUACCUUUCCUAAGGCAAUGAAAACCUCAGUAUUGGGCCCAAUGAAAUCACGGUGAACACAAAUGUUCCUUGGGCAAGCUAACACUUCAGUAUUGGUGCUAGAUCAUUAGACUGAAAAAUCAUAACCCAGUUUAUCAUCAGAAGUUUUGUGAUCCAAAAUGUAGCUUUCCAGUUAAGCCAGGUUUCUCUAGGACCAAGCUUUUUGGUGAAUAUUCCAGAAUUAGCCACUAGAAAGCUCUCAGAUUAAGUUCUAAACUGUCACCAGCCAUUCCUACUCCUACAAGGAAACUGCUUUUUCUUUGUACUCCUGAUACUACAAGGCUCUGCUUCACCUUCUAAAGAUGCAUUGUAGAAAUCUUGGCAUUCACUUCUUUCCUUACACACUUUUGGCUCCACUGCCAUGGCCAAAUAUAGCAUUUUAUUCUUCACAUUGAUUUCCACCUAUACCUCUGCAUCCAUGCCUAAUGGGUCUUCUGGAUGUAUUCUUUUGCUCCUUUAAUCAAAAUAAAAACACGUUUAAGCAAA